CUCUUUCUUCUUGUUUCUCCCCAACGCUCUUCUCUCUUUAGUCCUUUCUUCUUUGUCACCUUCUCGACUUCCUCCACCCACCUCUCUCUCUCUCUCUCUCUCUCUCUCUCUCUCUCUCUCUCUCUCUCUCUCUCUCUCUCUCUCUCUCUCUCUCUCUCUCUCUUUAGGUCUCUGUUGCUCACACACUGCAAGGUUUCCGACCUGUGUGGCAUCACAUCAGCCCCCGCGAUGCACACUGAUAGCGGAGAAAUCAACGCUGGCCCCUAAAAACUUGAUCUGAAGAAGAGAUAGAACUAGAAGAAGAGGAGGAGGGAGGGAGGAAGAGCUGACAAGGAAGACGAAGAGACGCAAAGACGGUCGAUCAUGAUUCAGUCAAAUCACUCCAUCCACUCGGUCUUCUGCUGCUGCUGCGCCGUACAGACCAGAGAGAUCAGCACCCGCAUGGAGCUGGAGGGGAACACCUCUCUGUGUUUCCAGAGCAGACGAGGCCCAGGGCACGCCUGCCGAGUGGACAGGUCGAGGAAGAAGCUCCCUCCUCCUCCUCCUGACGAGGCCGAUGGUGAAGGUCCCGGGUUGCUAAGUGUCGUCGCCAUGUAUGACUUCAACCCCCAGGAGGACACUGACCUCACACUCAAACAGGGAGAAGAGUACGUGAUCCUCCACAAACAGGACCAGCUGUGGUGGAGAGCGCAGGACAAACACGGGAACAAGGGUUUCAUCCCCAGCAACUACGUGACCGAGAAAAACAACAUCGAGGCAAACUCGUGGUACUGCAAGAACAUCACCAGGACCGAAGCCGAGCAGCUGCUGAGGCAGGAGGUAACUUACCUUUCUAACGGGGAUAUUCGGCAUUACCAGAUCAAAAUAAGUGACACCGGAGGGUUUUUCUUGGCGGAGAAACACACCUUCAGCUCCAUACCGGACGUCAUACGCUACCACGAACACAACGCCGCAGGUCUAGUGACCAGGCUGCGGUAUGCGGUGGGGCCAAUGGGAAGGUGUGUACCUGCCACAUCAGGAUUCAGCUCAGAGAAGUGGGAGAUCGACCCCAGCGAGCUGACGUUCAUGAAGGAGCUGGGCAGCGGCCAGUUCGGUCUGGUGAGGCUCGGCAAGUGGAGGGCUCAGCACCGGGUGGCCAUCAAGGCCAUCAGAGAGGGAGCCAUGUACGAGGAGGACUUCAUCGAGGAGGCUAAAGUCAUGAUGAGGCUGUGCCACCCUAAACUGGUGCAGCUGUACGGCGUGUGCCUGCAGCAGCGCCCCCUGCUGAUCGUGGCCGAGUUCAUGGAGAACGGCUGCCUGCUGAACUUCCUGCGGCAGCGGAGCCGCGCCCUGAGGGACGCCUGGCUGCUGUCCAUGUGCCAGGACGUCUGCGAGGGGAUGGACUACCUGGAGGGACAGAGCUUCAUCCACAGAGACCUGGCAGCCAGGAACUGUCUGGUCAACGAUCACAACGUGGUGAAGGUAUGCGACUUCGGGAUGACCAGGUAUGUUCUAGACAACCAGUACACCAGCUCUAGUGGAACCAAGUUCCCCGUGAAGUGGUCUCCGCCUGAAGUUCUCCACUACAGCAAAUACAGCAGCAAGUCUGACGUCUGGUCCUUCGGUGUGGUGAUGUGGGAGAUCUACUCAGAGGGUCGGACCCCGUUUGAGAACCUCUCCAACUUGGACGUAGUGAACGACAUCACCAGAGGAGUCCGGCUCUACCGGCCGCACCGAGCCUCGCAGCCGCUCUACGCCAUCAUGUACCGCUGCUGGCACGAGAAACCUCAGGGUCGACCGUCUUUCUCAGAGCUUCUGGAGGAAAUCAGAAAACUGGCAGAAAAUCCGGAUUAACAAACACACACACACACACACACACACACACACGUGUAUUAUAGUGCUGGUUGUCAAACUGUUGUUGUUGUUGUGCUGUUAUCAUGAAUGUACACCGACUGAAUGCUGAUGUUGUAAAUAACUAUUUUUUAAUUAAAACCUUUUUUCACAGAC